AUGACAUACGAGACUGGAUCUUUCUGUUACAUUGAAGAGAUCGAUGGCGCAUCGAAAGAUUACUGCGAAGAAAGCAACACCCAGUAUCCAUGUGUUGCAGGCAAAGGCUACUUCGGUCGGGGACCCAUCCAGCUAUCCUGGAACUUCAACUACGGUCCAGCAGGAAACGACAUUGGGUUCGACGGGCUGAAUGAGCCGGAGAAGGUAGCGCAAGAUGCCGCCAUUUCGUUCAAGACAGCAGUUUGGUUUUGGAUGAAACAGAGCAACUGCCACAGCGCCAUCACCUCUGGACAGGGAUUCGGUGCUACAAUCCAAGCUGUGAAUGGCGCCAUCGAGUGUAAUGGUGGCAGACCUGACAUCGUCAAUAAGCGUAUAAGUUACUACAAAAAUUACUGCGAGAAGUUGGGAGUAGAUCCAGGCUCCAACCUCUCCUACUAA